AUGGUGAAUCUCUCUAAGAAACAGCUUUCGCUGCUUGCUGCUCUUGCUUUGACUGCCAAAGCAGUUCCUACUAUCGAUACCCGUACGACCCAUGGUGCAACACAGUCGGAAUAUGAUAUCAUUGUGGUUGGUGGAGGUGCUGGAGGCCUGGUCGCAUCAACCAAAUUCGCCGAGUCUGGAUUGAAGACCCUUCUUCUUGAACAUGGUGGGCCAAUGCUGUACGUUGACGGGAACAGAGAGAUCCCAGAUUGGACUCUCGAAGAAUACAGUGGCAAUAACUUGACUCGACACGAUGCUAUGAUGUAUUACGCAACAAACUAUCCGGGCACUAGUCCAAAUGCCGGGAGUUACUAUUGCACCAAUCUCGUCAAUCUGGCAGCAUGUAUGCUAGGAGGCGGAACAAGUGUUAAUGCCGCACAGCAAUGGUGGCCCCCAAGGAAAUACCUUGAUAACGCAUUUGAAAACAUCAAAGGAUGGACAGGGAACGUUUUCCAAGAGGCUAUUCAAAGAGUCGCAGCUCGCAUCCCACCUACGGCCACUUGGUCGUCCGAUAACAAGCACUACUACGAUCAGGUAUACUAUCUGAUGGGAUCGGUGCUCGAAUCCAUUGGAAUUACCGAGGUAGAUUCCCUAACCGAUGUCGACGAUAAAUAUAACACCUAUGGUCGUGAUGUCUUCGCUGCUAUCGGGGGUCAGAGAGGAGGACCUCUCGUUGGUUAUCUUCAAGAUGCCAAAAAACUCCCCAACUUCACCCUCAAGAUGUAUAGCCCUGUGACAAGUGUUAUUCGAAAUGGUUCCAAAAUCACAGGUGUCGAAGUUAACGGCACGGUUAUUACUGCCAAGACUGUUGUCCUCUCUGCUGGUGUCUGGAAUACCCCCUCUAUUCUGUUCGCAUCCGGUAUUGGGCCCGUUUCGGAAUUGUCAUUUGCUAAGAAAAUCGGCUUCACGAAAUAUGAAGAGAAUGAUUGGAUUAUCAACGACGGUGUCGGUGCCAACCUCCACGACAACCCGCAAACUACUGUAAAUAUUCAAUACAGCAACAGUUCUGAAUUACCCUUCUAUGGUCUAUCAGGAGUUCUCACUGGCAACGUCAGCAAGACCGACGCCGACGAUCUUUACCACCACCGCGCUGGUCCUCUAUCAGGCCCCGGCCGCUUACUCACCGGUUGGAUUAACGUGCCUUAUCCCAAUGACACAUCCAAGUAUAUGACCGUCCAAACCAUCUGCUCCAGGCCAACAGCUGUAAAUGGUAGCUUCGUGUGCCAAUUCAAUCUUAACGAGGGUCUCCUUAGCCGUGGUCGUGUAGCGCUUGGCACAGGAGGUAAUUUGGUAUUUUCUGACGGCGUCGGCCCAUGGCUAACAAAUUCUCUUGAUACUGAGCUCUACGCGACGGCCUUGAAGAGAUUUGUCGAUGGCGUAAACGCAUAUCCUGGAUUGAAUGUGACAACUCCAGCUGGUACUCAUGACUUGCCGUACUAUAUCUCAUAUCUCAAUGAGACGGCGAGAGUGAGCAAUAACCACUGGGGUGGUUCCUGCAGUCUGGGUCUUUGUGUUGACGAGGAUGCUCUCGUCUAUGGUACAGACAACCUGUUUGUCAUCGACGGCUCUCUUAGUCCUGCACCCACCACUUCGAACCCUGCGUUUUUGUAUGAGGCGAUUGCUGAACUUGCUUCUGAGAAAGUUAUCAAGAAGCUUGGUAGCUAG